UUGAAACACGGAAGCAGACUUUGAUAAAUAAUCAUGAGUCGUGUUACGCGCUCUGCCAAAAAAAUGGGGAACGUGGUGUGUAGCCGGUUAUUUGGCCUGCACGGGGAAGGGAAAAGAACAGUAGACGGCCAACAAUAUGACUGUCUGCAGCCUAAGGAGGAGGUGUCAGACACGACAAACGAAGGCAAUGAAGAACGAGACGGGGAUACAGAAAGUUGUGAAAAAAGUGAUACAGUCUGCUGCGACCCAAAAGACCAAGCGACCAACGCAGGACCGAUUUCGUUGUCGACCGGCAAGUACGGAAGUGAUACAAUUCCUAGUGUAGAUAAGUGUAAACCCAACGGAGUGCCGCCUUUGACGACAGAGCCUGGAGCUGACGAAGACGAUGCGCAUCAAAAGCGCCAAGACGAGUCAACGGUGGUGAAGCCGAAUGACCAGCACAAAAACAACAAAGAAUCAAAAAACGAAAAAAGGGUGGAAGAUGAGACCACACCACUGAUAGCAAUGCGAGAGGAAGGUAAGUCUAGUAAGACAACAAUAAAUGAGUCGGACCGUAGAGACGUCGAACAACUUGAAAAUUGUGAAAACAGUAAUACGGUCCAUGGUAACUCAGAAGACGGUACGAUCGACGCGCCAUCGACAACGGGGCCCAUGGAAGAUGAAAUUGAGACAUGCCAAGAGCGCAAAGAAUCACCCGAAAGUGAGUCAUACAAUGUAGUGGAGUCAGUGGUGGAGCCAAACGACCAGGCCGAGACAAAUAAAAUGUCAAAUAACAAAAUCCAAGAAACGCAACAAAAAAUAGAAGUUGAGAUUACGCAACCGACGACAGAGGGAGAGGAGGAUAAAUCUAAGACAGAGACCAGUCAAGUAAAGACAGAAUGUAGUGAACUAGAAUUGGAGAAAAUUGUUCAAUCAGAAAUGGAGGAAUGUGUUCCUAGUUUGGAGUCAACUGUAGAAUUUGACGACAAAUCAGACGAGACAGACAAUCUUGAAGAUUCACAAGAUGAUCAACUUACAGAUGACACACUUAGCAAUGAACAGAUUGAAAGUUCACCACCAUCAACAGACCCACAGUCCCAAGAAUACAAUACUGACGGAACUAGUGAAUCAUCAAUGACAGAAUAUUGUUCCCAAUCCCUAGAACAUGAAGACUCAGAUUCAGAGCCAGAAAAGGUCGCAUCAACACGGCCGAGAACUCGUGGACAGGGUGCAUCACCAAAGGCACGCAAGAGACCCAAGCUUACCACAGAGUGGAGUAGUAAGGAUACCAGAGAUUACAGAGACGGAUACCCGGGUAAAAGGGACAAUCCAAGACUAAAAGAUAAUUUAUUAUUUUAUACAAAUAAGAAGCAAUCACAGCCUAGAGGUGAUUACAUUGAUAAUAUACAUAAAUAUUGGUGGGGAAAAUACGAUAAAUUGGAGAGCCAUCAUGGUUUCAUACAGUGGAUAUUUCCAAUCAGGGAAAGUGGAAUGAAUUCACAGGCGCAAGAGUUACAACUACAUGAAGCAAAGGCUAUUUGUGAGGACAAAAAAGCUCAUGAAAGAGUGUUGAAGUCCUAUGAAAUGAUGCUGGAUUUUUAUGGUAUGAAACUUGUGAAUAAGGAUACUGGGGAAAUUGAGCGAGCAAAACACUGGGAAAAAAGAUAUCAAAAUUUAAAUUGGUCUAUGCAUAAUUACUUAAGAAUCACUAGAAUUUUGAAAUCUUUGGGUGAAUUCCGAUAUGAACAUCUACAAGCACCAUUUGUCCAGUUUGUGCUAAAGGAGGUGUAUAAGAAUGACCGACUGACAAACUGCUUGAAUAGUUGUGUACAAUAUUGGAUUCAUACGAUUAAAGAUGAUGGAAAAAGAACAGAACUGCUAGAAUACGUUCAUAAACAGGAGGAACUAUUGUAUGAAGAGUACUAAGUUGUUUCAUUUAUUAUUAUCACAUACACAAGCCAAGCUAUUUCAUUGCUUUUAUACACUGGUAGUUCUAUAUUAAUUAAUAUGCAAAUCUAUGAACC